GGCGGCCAGCGGGAGGAGAGGUUUGUAAACUAGGCGGCUCCAGGUUUCCGGGCACCUUUAUUAGGUCGUCUUCUGGGCCACCAGUGCUCCUUCCAUUUCCACAGGCACUCUCUCCAUCGCUGACCCUUUUUUAACCGGCCUUUUAGGACCGGAAGUUCUUCAUCUCAAGCAUCAAAUGCUGAAAGCGGCCUGACUUUCUCUACCGGAAGCCCUUUUCCAGAGGCUGGGAACACGGCCCACCUGGCAGGAAGUCCCUCCUCCUUGAGCUCCGCCACCCUUCCCGAAGUUUUUCUGUCAUCUGUGUUAGGCUCCGUCCCCUUUCCCCGUUUUAUUCCCGUACCAGAAAAGGAUACAUUUAGUGCCUCUCACCCAGCUCAACUAAACGGGUUGGAUAUCUCAUUCUUUGAGUCGGGGUUCCUUCCCCGGCGCCCCCAUGUAGCUGGGAAGUGGGACCUGGGGGUGGUUGGACCCCUGGGAUCCUAAAGGAGGGGCAGGGAGGGCGCAGAACUCCGCUUCUGCUCCUUGCUACCAGGACGAGCGGCCUCCUCAGCCUCUUUCCUCCCGCUGCCAUGCACCCUGCAGCCUUCCCGCUUCCUGUGGUUGUGGCCGCUGUGCUGUGGGGAGCGACCCCCAUCCGGGGGCUCAUUCGAGCGACCUCGGACCACAAUGCCAGCAUGGACUUUGCAGACCUCCCAGCUCUGUUUGGGGCUACCUUGAGCCAAGAGGGACUCCAGGGGUUCCUUGUGGAGGCUCACCCAGACAAUGCCUGCAGCCCCAUUGCCCCACCACCCCCAGCCCCGGUCAAUGGGUCAGUCUUUAUUGCGCUGCUUCGAAGAUUCGACUGCAACUUUGACCUCAAGGUCCUAAAUGCCCAGAAGGCUGGAUAUGGUGCCGCUGUAGUACAUAAUGUGAAUUCCAAUGAACUUCUGAACAUGGUGUGGAACAGUGAGGAAAUCCAGCAGCAGAUCUGGAUCCCAUCUGUAUUUAUUGGGGAGAGAAGCUCUGAGUACCUGCGUGCCCUCUUUGUCUACGAAAAGGGGGCUCGGGUGCUUCUGGUUCCAGAUAAUACCUUCCCCUUGGGCUAUUACCUCAUCCCUUUCACAGGGAUUGUGGGACUGCUGGUUUUGGCCAUGGGAGCAGUAAUGAUAGUUCGUUGUAUCCAGCACCGGAAACGGCUCCAGCGGAAUCGACUUACCAAAGAGCAACUGAAACAGAUUCCUACACAUGACUAUCAGAAGGCCCUAAAUUCUUCCAUGUUCUGCCCUGACCUUAUCCUGCCUUCCUGUCUUAGCUCUUCCACUGGCUUUGUAGGAGACCAGUAUGAUGUCUGUGCCAUCUGCCUGGAUGAAUAUGAGGAUGGGGACGAGCUGCGGGUACUCCCCUGUGCUCAUGCCUACCACAGCCGCUGUGUGGACCCCUGGCUCACUCAGACCCGGAAGACCUGCCCCAUUUGCAAGCAGCCCGUUCAUCGUGGUCCUGGGGACGAAGAGCAAGAGGAAGCAGCCCAGGGGCAAGAGGAGGGUGAUGAAGAAGGGGAGCCAAGGGACCACCCUGCCUCAGAAAGGACCCCACUUUUGGGUUCUAGCCCCACUCUUCCCACCUCAUUUGGUUCCCUAGCCCCAGCUCCCCUUGUUUUUCCUGGGCCUUCAACAGAUCCCCCACCCUCUCCUCCCUCUUCCCCUGUUAUCCUGGUCUAAUAACCCUCUACACGUACACUUCUGGUGACAUAUUUGCACAGACCGUCGUCUUCCCUCCAGUCUUCUAAGUUGAGGGAUAGGGGACAUUCCAUCAUAAGCUGCUCCCUUACCCACACCUAUCCUUUUGAGGGGCAUUGGGGUGGGGCUGGGGCAAGCAAAGGGACUGGGUCUUCACUUCUUGGGCUAAUAAAAUUGUUUUUUGUGGAC